CAGAUGAGGAACUGGAGACACGUGACUUGGCGCAGGCCAUUUAGCCUUGCAGAGCAGGGCUAGGUUACCGACGUCCAGGUUAGUCUUCAGUGCUCGACCAAAUGAAAGAGGAAUGUCUUUACCUAUAUGGUGGGAGCUUGGGGCUGGGGGGGCUCCUGCUCCUGGCUGUGGUCAUUGUGUCCGCCUGUCUAUGUCGGCUCCAUCGGAAAGUGAGGAGGCUGGAGAGAAGCUGGGCCCAGCUCUCAGAGCAAGAGCUCCACUACGCAUCUCUGCUCCCCAUGGCCAGCAGUGAGAGGCCCGACUCCGGCCAUAGGGAGGGCACCAAGGAGGACACCAGCGAAUAUGCCUGCAUCGCCAAGAACUAAGCCACCAGAGCUUCCCCCGGACGCCUCCCUGAACUCAGGCCGACCCUGCGGUCCACCCAGUAAACACUGUGUCUCACCA